AUGAUUGAAAUCAAGGCAAAACUAGUUAGGGCCGACUCGCCCAUAUAUGCCACGGGUGAACAUGUAGAAUGUUUGAUAGAAUUCACAAAUAAAAUUCCUGGUGAUAUUGAUAAAAAUGUUGUGGAGAACCUAGCCUGGGCUUCGGUGCAAUUGCAUUGUUAUCGCAAGACUAAUAUUACCAUGGGACACAAGGACAAAAUGUUGGAGCUUAGUGAAAUGGUUGGUAAGACAGCUUUAGAUGCUGUUACACAGGCACCCGGUGAUAUUGUCAUUGCGACCAAGCCAAAAAUAUUGUUUUGUGAUUUGAAGCUGCAACCAAACGAAUCAAAAAUUUAUUUUUUUAAUGAACUCAUUCCAAGAGAUGGCCCGCCCACAUACAGAGGUCAUGACAUCAAGUAUUUCUAUAAACUGACUAUAGCCACGCAGAGAGUUAAAUGUAAAGUCCAAACGCUUACGGUCCCGCUGAGAGUAUUGCCAAUACCAUUAAUAGCUCGACCCGAUGAACUGCCAAUUACCGAAGAAACCAACGAUGAACUGGCCCCUACAAAUCCAUUUGUAGAAAAGAAAGAAAUUACCGAAUUGGAAGUAUCAUGGCAUCAUUUAAAAAAUGUAACAGCAAGGAGAGCUCCCAAAUUCUAUAGAAUAUCAAACAAACGAGGAUUUGUGGGUAGAUUUUGCCUUUUCAAACCCUCCUACAAAUUGGGUGAAGAUAUUGUGGGCAGUUUGGACUUUGCCAACUGCAAAGUACGUUGUGUACAAUUUUCAGUAAAACUGCAAUCGCAGGAAAUCCUUUUGAAUGUGACAGAAAAUAAAUAUUCCAACAACGAUUUUAAUGACAACUCCUCGGUUAACUCUUUGGAUUUGGCAAGUGUUGCUAGCGGUGUGGGUUCGGAGUAUAUGCAUAAAUCUUCCACCUCAGCCAGUUCUAAAGAUAACGAUGCAAAUUCAGAACCAACGGGAAAAGUAACAACCCAUGCUAUAAGUCAUCAGGUUAGCUAUGCAACAUUACAGACUCAAGUAGUUGUACCUAUUCCGCUGCAUAUAACUCCCUCGUUUCGUACCGACUGUGUUGAAGUUAAAUGGAGAUUACAUUUUGAAUUUGUCACCAGUACAAUGAUGGAUUUUGGGGUACCAAAUCCCGAGGUGGGUGAACUACAGGCUCCAGCAGAAAUACCAGUGGAGACAAUGGUUUGGAAUUUGCCUAUAACCAUAUAUCCAGCUAAUCCCUUGCAAAUAUAUGCUCCUUCACAAAUCCAUACGUUGCUUAUCAAGUAA